GAAACAAUCAUGACCCACGCAGUCAUGAACAGUUUGAAAGGAAAGAACAUCAUAACCACAGUCACUCACUGAACAUGUAAAUUAUCCAAUCAAGUCCAAGAGAGGUGUCAGGUCACAAUUGGACAGCAACUCAAAACUACAAGAACUGUCGGAUUGCAACUAUAUACAACUGACACUUGACCAACAAAAAAAGAAGUAAAUUUUAUUGCUAUUAUAACGUGAUGAUAGAAAAAAAGAUUAGUGUAGAUAUAUGAUUGCUGAUAAAAUUAUUUUUCCAACCCAAAUCCACUAAUUCCAUCAUGCGUUUGAAUGGUGCUGUAAGGAGUUGGCAUGUAGCCAUCGUGCACCAUGCCAUUACAGCACACUCUCUUUUUCUCUUUCUCUUUGUACUUCUCUGUGUAUCCAAACAAAGCGACAAACAAACAGAAAACAAUAAGACAUUAUUCGAACCGUUACAUUACACCUUUCUCUCUCUCUCUCUCUCUUUUCUUUCUUUCUCUUACAUUUAGAACACCAAAAAGAGAUAUGCACCCUUGGGACCCGCGAAUGUCUCACGACCGUUCGCGACAUCCUCGAAAAUCCUCCGCAGAUCUCGCGACAUACGGAGAGAAAGACGAGGGUUGGAUAUUGAUUACUGGAUUGUGUCAUUUUCGGAAGAGAGAAAAAACCAAGCCCAAGGAGCGAGGCGUUUUCGCGACCCGUUUCCUAGCCGGGUCGGAGCCCCGGAAAAUGGGUUGCGCGAGCUCGAGGCGGGCUCUUGCCGGAAGCGAUUUCACGCCGCCGGGACUGCUAUCGUUGCGAUCGAGCUCGCGGAAAAGGUGCAAUGGGAAGAGGCGAAACGGCGUCGUGGAGGCGCGUGAGGUAGACGCGGGAAUGGAGGAGGGGAAGGAGUGGAAGAAGGGGAGCUUGAGAGGUCCGGUGUCGUUGAGGUUGUCGUGUAGGUUUGUGGAGGCUGAGCAGAAUGCCGCUGGGUGGCCAUCUUGGCUUACCUCUGUUGCAGGGGAAGCUAUUCAAGGGUGGGUCCCUCUCAAAACCGAUUCUUUUGAGAGAUUGGAUAAGAUUGGACAAGGUACAUAUAGCAAUGUAUUCCAAGCACGUGAAAUUGAAACUGGGAGGAUGGUUGCCCUGAAGAAGGUACGAUUUGACAAACUUAAAGAUGAUAGCAUUAGGUUCAUGGCAAGAGAAAUAGCGAUUCUUCGCUCACUUGACCACCCAAACAUCAUGAAAUUGGAUGGUAUAAUUACUUCACAACAAUCAAACAACAUAUACCUUGUAUUUGAAUACAUGGAGCAUGACCUUGCUGGCCUAGUGGCUUCUCCUGAUAUAAAGUUCACUGAAUCACAGAUUAAGUGUUACAUGAGACAGUUAUUAAGUGGAAUCGAGCAUUGUCACCUUCGAGGUAUUAUGCAUCGAGACAUUAAAGUAUCUAAUAUACUAGUGAACAAUGAAGGUGUUCUCAAGAUAGGAGAUUUUGGAUUAGCAAAUACCCUUAGUCCUAAUAGCAAGCAACCCUUAACAAGUCGAGUGGUGACUCUAUGGUAUCGUCCUCCUGAACUUUUAAUGGGAUCAACGGACUAUGGUGUUUCGGUGGAUCUAUGGAGUGUUGGCUGUGUAUUUGCUGAACUUUUUCUGGGGAAGCCCAUCCUUAAGGGGAGAACUGAGGUGGAACAAUUACACAGAAUUUUCAAGCUUUGCGGGUCUCCACCUGAGGAAUACUGGAAAAAGAGUAACCUUCCUCUGGCCACAAUGUUUAAGCCUCAGACUAAUUACGAAGCCUCUCUUCAAGAGAGGUGUAAAGGUUUUCCUGUAACUGCUGUAAAACUACUUGAGACUUUACUUUCCAUUGAUCCCUCCAAGCGUGGGACUGCCUCCUCUGCACUCACGUCUGAGUAUUUCAGCACCAAGCCAUAUGCCUGUGAUCCAUCACUCAUGCCAAAGUAUCCACCAAGCAAAGAAAUGGAUGCUAGAAAUAGGGAAGAAGCGAGCAGGAAAAAGACUUUAGGUAAAGGGAGAGAGGCUGUAACUUCAAAAAGGAAUAGACGAGUCCACAAAGUUUCCCAUGACCAUAUAAAUUUCAACAAACCAGCUUGGAAAGAGAAUAGUUCUCAAAAUAUUGGCACAGGGGAUGAUGGUUGGGCACAUGUUGCAAAAGUUAAAAUAGGAGCUUUGCAUAAAGAGCAACCAAAGGCUUCAUGUGAUGGAAAGUCUGAGGCUGCCCAAGUGGUGGAUGGUUGCAAUGGAAACAGUGUAUACGCUGGACCAGCACCAGUCUCAGCAUCCAGUGGUUUUACAUGGGCUAAAAGGAGAAAACCAGAAGCUUCAUCCAUAUUGUCUGAUGGUUCAAGAAGCAAAAUCAGUGCUCUGGAUCCAAUCUUUGUAAAAGGCAAAUGUGAUUUAACAAAACAUGAGAUAGAAGUUUCAGAAAGGAAACAUGGUUUCAACACAAGACAUCAGGACAGGAUUUUCAGCCAUGUAUUACCAAUAUACCAGGCUCCUCGCUUUCAACAAAAAUCAUUCGAUUUAGCUGAUAAAUACAACUCAAAUUAUUUCAUGGAAUUUGAUUUCACAGAUAAAUUGGAUACUCUGUUUGAUCAGGACCACAGAAAAUAUGGUGAGCCUGUGAAGUUAUCAGCGGCAAAAAUGAUUUCAUCAAAUAAAAAGGACGAGUUGUUGCAGCGGAAUGAUAUGCGUCAAUCUCUUCGUAUGUCAACAUCGGGAAGAGGUAAAGAGACUACUUUUAUCUAGGGUGAUGUUACACAAGAAACAAACAUAUUUCACCUCCAUGCAUGCUCAACAUAAUGUUGCAGUAUACAUUUUUCUUUGGUCUGUAACUGCAGUUUUAAGGGUAAAUCAGAAGUUGUUUAAAACAAAAUUUCAAUAUAGCUCGUUAUGAAUACCAGCAUAUGAAUUUGUGUAUUACAGACCAAUGACACAAGGAUCGAUGGAGAGGAUUAAUCCCACAUCUUCAAGGGCUGCAUGGCUAAGAAAACAUUGUGGCCAUUGAUGAUAUCCUUAAUGGAUAUCUGAACCAUUAUAACUUGUACUUCAGCUCUCUUGAUUUGUUCUUUACAGAGUUAAGUGUACAUAUAGGACUAACUCUGAAUUAUACAUAGGAUUACAGUAACAAAUUGCAGCUCCCAAGUGUUGGGUGAUAUGCUUAAUGAAAAGUUAACUUUUCUAAGAA